ACAGCCAGUUGGUCGUCUUACCUGGACGCGCGCGAUAGGCGCUACGGCUUCAUCACGGUGGGAUGCAAGAGCUCGUGCGCCUUCGGGAGGGACGCGGAUCCCAAAGCGCGAGGAACACCCAAAAUCUUCAUCUGCGGAAGGGUCGGUCUGGCCAAAGAAGUUUUCGGGGACACUCUAAACGAGAGCCGGGACCCUGACAGGCCAGCCGAGCGCUACACCUCUCAGUUUUACCUGAAGUUUCGCCACCUGGAGCGAGCGUUUGACAUCCUCGCGGAGAGCGGCUUCCACAUCGCCGCAUGCAAUUCAUCACUCACCCCUUCUCCGCACAACAGACGCACUGAUGACAGAUGCUGGUCCAAUAACACAGAGUACGUCUUCUACCGUGGCCCAUCCGGAUGGUCUUCUUCUCACUGCGACUGCUGCUGCAAGAGCCACAAGAGCGAGCGUGAGGGUGAGAGUGGCACUUCCUUCAACGAGCUCUCCACUUCCUGUUCCGAGACCCAAUCGGAAGCCAGCUCUCCGCAGGAAACGGUCAUCGUGCGCCCGGUCACCCGUCAGCCCAACAUCCAGACUUUGGACCGGCCGGUGAAAAAGGGUCCAACCCUGAUUCCAAGGAGAACUGAUCUGCUUCGCGUUCGAACCACCGGGCCACGUGACGGCAUGGCAGGGAAGAGGAAACCGGCCAAGGAGAAGAUGACGGCGGAGCAGGAGCUGAAGAAAUGCAUCCAGGACUUCCGGCGGAUUAAAAUUCCAGAGCGCUUUCCAGAGAGGAAGUACAUCUGGCAGUCGGAGCUCUUGAAAAAAUAUCAGCUCUGAAAUGAUUUCCUGCGGGCUCGCUGAGCCUAUUAGUGCAACACAACAAAGCUCUCAGCGCAUACGAUGACAUCAUAAUUCUUCUUUGCUUGAACUUAAUUGGCUCGUCUGUGUAAACAUGCGGUAAGAUGCACAAUUAACAAUUCAGUGAACCUCAAGUGACUCCUAAAGGGACCGGUCCUGUUUUGCUACCGGGGCACAAUGGCAUUAAAGUCUAAACCAAUUUCACAGCGUCUAGACAAACCUCUCAAAUAAAACCAGAUUGUAUAUAUACAAAAUAAUCACAAGUGUGUAUUACCUGGUGAUACUCAAUGUAGAUGCACGGAGAGCACAGCACUUUUGUACAGCGUUCCACCUGUAAAUGCAAUGAACAUAUGAGAACUGGAGGAUUCGUAUGUGAAUGUGGUUUGCAUUAUCCAAUACUGUGUUAAGCUGAUGGAGAGUUUUAAAGAAAAAGUUCACCCAGAAAUGAACUAUUGCUGAAA